GUAAGUUUCAAGUUCGCCCCUGUCCGCAUUGGCCAUUGCCAUGCCACUGGACCGUGAGCUCUCGCAGCGGCUGGAGAGGAGGCGGGGCCGAGCAGAUGCAGAUGCAACAUCUCCUGCUGAACCCGCUGUGGACCGGGAACGCUACGAGGCGCACAUCGAUCAAGAGUUGAAGUCCAAGUUACGGCAGCAGUCGGAGCUGAUCAUGCGUCAGACCAACUCGGGGAUGAGCGACUCGUGCAAGAGACCGACUCGCUACGAGGCGCACAUCGACCAGGAGUUGGCGAAGAAGUUGCAGAAACGUCAGACGGAGCUGCAGCUUGAGGGUGAAGGCAGACCUCGGUCUACCAAGGUAGAGGGCCUCCGUGGUAAUUCCACGUUUGAAGCCCACAUUGACAACGAGCUCGCAGCCAAGCUGCGGAAACGGCUGGAGGUGGAAAUGGCUCCCCAAACGGCCGCUCCUGCGGCUAGGCUCGAGAAAGACGAGGUGCGACAAAACCCAGGAGAUGGAGACGGAGACCUGGAUGGAGAAUUGGCGCAAAGGUUACGCCAGCGCAGACAAGUUGUGAACGCACAGGGGGACGUUUUCGAGAAGGGUGCGCAGCAACAGGCGAGGCCGCAGAUGGCUGAGGUCCUGGACCAGAUACAGAGCAUACCUGAGACCAAGCAAAAGCGCCGAUUUUGGUGGCUAUUUUGCUGCUCAUUGGUGGUGACUGCUUAUGGAGCUUACCAGCUGCAGCCUGUCGAGUGAAGGUGUGUGAGAGCGUCACUCGGAACGUUGGACCCUGAGCCAUGCGCUUGAGAUUCUGCCGCGGCAAAUUCGUGCACUCCUUUGCCUGAAGCUUUAAGUGGGCAAAGGCAGAAUUUGAUGAAUUGCAAGAGACCGAUAUCUGGCAUCAAAAGCCAAAAGUUCGCCAAGAGCCUGACGUGCGGCGGAUUCAAUGAGCGACGCUGCAGCGAGACUCGCAAACCUAAGAGCUACAUGAACGAGUUGUAGAUGACACUCACACCGUCAAUCUAGGCAUGUAUGAAACUCAGAAUUCAGUGGCACCCAACCAAUCUACUGAAGUCGUUCUGAGCUUCAGAAAAAAGGACACAUGUAAAGUGGCAAAACAUCGUCGUAGACAGCCUGUACAACAAUUGAACUUCCAUCAUGAAGCUCUAUGUAGGUAUGUUUGGAGGGCUAUUACAUUUGCCCCGCCCUCUUUCCUGGUACGUGACAAGACAAGCUGGUCUUUUUGGCGGGCAGCUGGCAUUGGAUUUUUGUGCAUACACAUACGCGUGGCCCACAGACAUUCCUGCAGCCAUGUGUAAAUAGCAUGACAAG